ACACCCCAGUCCUGCAGAUGGCAGUAAUGCACCAGCAGUUCAAACUGUCAGCUCAAAAUUAGCAGGAAAAGAAGAAGGUCGCGGGAUUUUUCAAGUAGCUGCUACUCCAGCGAUUGUUAAACCGAGGAUUUGUUGUUGUGCUUGAAGGAUUGGAAGACUUUCGAGGUUUUGAGGAAUGGGGUCACAGCACGAACUUAAUGACCUAGAAGAGUCUCUAGAGUCAUGUGUUCAACUAAUCGAGAGCAGUUAUGCUGAGGGAAACAUGCAAGGUAUACGAGAUAAAGUACAGCAGCUGUAUAAUCACCACCUGGACACAAAGAAGACCACGACCCAGCUCCUAAAUGACCUUAUCCAGUCAGAAGAAAGAGUGGGCCAAACACUUCUGGAUUUGGGGAGUCGUCAAAAUAAGAUGACUGAGGAGCUAGAGACGCUUCAGCGGGAGAUUCAAAAGAAGCAAACCCAGAGCAUGAACCUGGAGUCAGAGUCACAGUUCCUGCAGAGGGAGCUAGAGCGCUUGCGUGAAUCUGAGCAGGAGAUGCAAGCCCUGCAGCAGGAGGUGGAUGAGGACACCACAGAGAUCAUCCCCUCUGCCAUAUACCUGGCUCAGCUCUACUACAAAGUUACCAAGAUCAAGCUGGAGAUGGAUGGGGAUCCAAAAAUCUUGAAAGGAGUUCACUAUGGAAAAGACCUGGUUACCCCCAUCAACAUUGACACCUCUCAGCUCUCGCCAUGUGCAGUCAGUGAUAAACUCUGGAGUUUUGUCAGCACGGACUGGAACUAGCUUGUCUCUGAACCUUUUUUGUAUCUGCUCUAUCUGUCUUGUCUGUGUGUUCUUAUAGAUGUUUUGAACGUGACACCCUCACCAAGUCCUACUCAUAUUCAUCCGAUUUUGUUUGUCCACUAGAUGUCAGUGCACUUGUUUUUCCAUUGCUCAAUGUUUGAAGAAUUUUGAUCGUUUUCUAUCUUAAAUUCCAAAGCAUGCUGAUGGUUGCCAUCAGCCACCAUGCUAAAUAUAAUAAAUAUAAUUCAUGUUUUUCUCUACA